UUACCAACCUAACAGCCCCAGAAGCUUCUCUUCUCCUCAUAAAUAUGUUUAAACCAAACAGACUAAUUAUUUAUUGGAAAACAAAAUUUAUUGAACUUACAGUAAUACUUCCAUACUAGAAAAGCUAGCCAGCCUGAAAAUGGUUCAGAACUAGCUCAUAGUUCUAUGCUCUCUCUAUAAUCUCAUACAUAUUGCAGAAGACCUGAAGCUACAUCGUUUCUAAGUGAUCGGCCGGCAAUGUGGAGCUCUUGUGCUCUGGUUGUUACACUACUUGCUUCUCUUCUUCUUCUUCUUCCUCACUUGGCAGCUCUGAUCUCUGCUGAUCAGGGCUCCACCACUAGUCAGUGGCAAACACUCAAAGGCAACCCGCCUUUGGUCAUAGCACGCGGGGGUUUUUCAGGACUAUUACCUGGUUCUAGUUCUGAUGCAUACAAGUUCACAUUGUCCACUAGUGUACCAGAUGUGUUAUUUUGGUGCGAUGUCCAACUAACAAAGGAAGGAGCUGGAAUUUGCUUUCCAGAUCUGCUACUGAAUAACAAUUCUAAUGUUGAUAUCAUCUAUCCAAAGAAGGACAAGACUUACAUAGUUAACGGAGUUCCUACUGGCGGAUGGUUCACCAUCGAUUAUACUCUUAAGGACCUUGCAAAUGUUUCUAUUACUCAGGGAGUAUUUAGUCGAGCUAAUAGGUUUGAUGACAAUUUGUACCCAAUUCUCACUGUUGAAGAUGUGGCUAUGAAUUUGACACCACCAGGCUUAUGGUUGAAUAUUGAGAACAAUAUCUUCUUCUCACAACACAACUUGAGUAUGAGAAACUUUGUGCCUUCUGUAAUGAGAAAAGUGGUUGUGAAUUAUAUCUCAUCACCGGAGGUGGCUUUCCUGAACAGUAUUAAAGGAGUUGUUAGUCCAAGAACUACUAAGUUGGUCUUUCGGUUUCUGGAACAAACUGAGAUUGAGCCUUCAACCAAUCAAACUUAUGGAUCUCUGUUAAAGAAUCUCACAUUCAUCAAGACAUUUGCCUCCGGAAUUCUAGUUCCUAAAACUUACAUAUGGCCAGUCACUAAUGACAAUUAUUUAGAACCACACACUUCACUUGUUUUGGAUGCUCAUGAAGCAGAACUAAUGGUAUUUGCGUCCGAUUUGGUGAAUGAUGUGCCAUUACCCUACAAUUACAGUUAUGAUCCAUUAGCUGAGUGCUUGUCAUUCAUAGACAAUGGCAACUUCACUGUUGAUGGUGUGCUGUCUGACUUUCCGAUAACUUCAUCAGCAGCCAUAGAUUGCUUUGCUCACCUAAGUCAAAAUGCUCCAGUGCAAGACAAGCCUUUGAUUAUAUCGAAAAAUGGAGCAAGUGGAGACUACCCUGAUUGUACUGAUUUGGCAUAUAUGAAAGCACUUGAAGAUGGUGUGAAUGUACUCGAUUGUCCUGUCCAAAUGUCCAAGGACGGGAUACCAUUUUGCUCCAGUUCUAUAAACCUUAUUCAUAGCACAACAGUUGCUCAAUCAAGUUUUCAGAACUUAACAAUGGUUGUUCCAGAGAUUCAGGCUGACAAUGGAAUAUAUACCUUUAGCCUGACAUGGGAACAGAUCAAGACAUUACAACCAAGUAUAUCAAACCCCCAGCAGACUCUGUACAAGUUGUACAGGAAUCCAAGGUUCAAAAGUGCUGGGACUUACAAGAGAUUAUCUGAUUUUUUUACCUUGGCAAAGAACAGGAGCUCUGUUUCAGGUGUCAUAAUCAGCAUAGAGUAUGCAGCAUAUCUUGCAGAGAAGCAGGGAUUAAGUGUAACAGAUGCAGUCAUUAAUGAGUUGAACAAAGCUGGUUUGGACAAUCAGACAGCCCUAGAUGUCAUGAUUCAGUCCACUAAUAGUUCUGUUCUAAUGAAAUUUAAGGAGGAAAGCAAGUGUAAACUUGUUUACAAGAUCGAAGAAGUUAUUGGUGAUGCCCUUAAUACAACUCUUCAGGACAUCAAGAAGUUUGCCAAUUCUGUGGUCAUCAACAAGGCCUCUGUCCUUCCUGAAAAUAGUGAAUACAUCACUGGAGCAACCAAUGUUGUAACAAAGCUGCAUGCAUUUGAUCUUCCUGUUUAUGUCGAACUGUUCAGCAAUGAGUAUGUAUCUCAAGCAUGGGACUUCUUCUCUGAUCCAACUGUUGAGAUCAAUUCAUUUGUCUCCGGGGCCAAUGUUGAUGGUGUUAUCACAGACUUCCCCAAAACAGCUGCUAGAUACAAAAGAAACAGGUGUUUAUUUUAUAAAGAGAGACCUAGCUACAUGAAGCCUGUUCCGCCAGGCGCGCUGUUAACAGUUGUUUCUCCUCGUCAAUUGCCACCGGCUGAGGCUCCGAAUCCAGUGCUGAUAGAGAGUGAUGUGAUUGAACCACCUUUGCCUUCCGCCUUAGCUCCAGGGAUCACCAAUGGAUCGACAGUAGCACCACCACCACCACCUCCAAACGGGCAGCCUAAGAUUGCUGCAUGCUUCUUUCUCUCAAAUCUGGCUUUGCUUGUUGCCAACCUUUUACUGCUCUAAAACUGUGAAGCAUUCACAUUAUUGUAGCUCGGGGUCUUGUAGUUUUCGCAUGAACACCGGCUAAAUCAAUUUAUCAGAUUUGUUACUUGAACA